AUGAACUAUAACUUCAAGUCAAUUCCUAGCGUGCCUAGCGCUAAAGACCUGAUUGAUACAGUUCUCUCCAAAACUCAACGAAAAACACCAACUGAAAUACAUCCACAGGUUCAAAUCGCCCGAAUUCGAAAAUUUUACAUGAGAAAAGUCAAAUUCACACAAUCCACCAUAGAAGAAAAGCUUGGAGAAAUCCUUGAAAAAUUCCCUAAGCUUGAUGAUAUUCAUCCCUUCUACGCUGAUCUAAUUAAUGUGCUUUACGAUAAAGACCACUAUAAAUUAGCCCUGGGACACAUUAACAAAGCUAAAUCUUUAGUCGAAAGUGUGGCUAAAGACUAUGUACGUAUGCUUAAAUAUGCUGACAGUUUAUAUCGUGGCAAGACACUCAAAAAAGCAGCCCUAGGUCGUAUGUGUACGAUCUUAAAGAAGCUUAGCAACUCCCUGAACUAUUUGGACGAGGUCAGAAAGCAUUUGGCAAGGCUGCCGUCUAUAGACCCACACACAAGAAGUAUUAUCAUAACAGGAUAUCCCAAUGUAGGAAAAUCCUCAUUUAUGAACAAUGUGACCCGUGCAAACGCUGAAGUCCAGCCAUAUGCAUUUACAACUAAAAGCUUAUUUGUUGGGCAUACAGAUUAUGAUUUUAUCCCAUGGCAAGUUAUUGAUACUCCUGGACUUCUUGACAGGCCAAUAGAAGAGAGGAACAUUGUAGAAAUGCAAGCGAUCACAGCUCUGGCACAUAUUAAUGCGUGCAUACUUUUCUUUAUUGAUAUUUCGGAAAAGUGUGGAUAUACAGUGCCUCAACAGAUUCAGCUAUUUGAAAGUGUUCAGCCGUUGUUUACAAAUAAACCUCUUGGGAUCAUUAUUACAAAAACUGAUCUAAAAAGAUGGGAAGACUUAAACCCAGAAUACCAACAAAAAAUCCAAGAAAUUGUCCAAAAGCACAACGCCUUUAUGUCAUUCAUUUAGAUAUCAGGAAAAAUGGCUGGUGGAGGGUGUACUUAUCUUUAUAGGGAAUGAGUUUUAUUGCGAAGAGAUUCCUGAGGGUUGUGCUAGCUUUGAGGUGAAAAGCCCAGCACUAUUUAUGCUGAUUAUUGGUCUGGUUCGGGGCUGCAGAUUUUUGCAUUUUUUGCCAACAGCACCUAGGCCCAGGUUGGGUGCUCGAUAGAAGUAUGGCUACUUACCUGCUUAGACUGAGGGGUCUGCCUUGGCAAAAUCCUUAUAUGGGCAUAUGGAUAGGGAAAUCUUCCCCAGAAAAACAGAAUUUUGGUCUGAUCAUGCUAAGGUAGAAGCCGUCUACAUACCUCUGAACCCUGCAUGACAGCAGCCCUAUUAGACGUUGCCUUUAAGAAUGAUGCUACGAGAAUUAGGGACUAUAAAUACCCAAGCAUCUAACUUAGUCUAGCUUAUGUCUUUCAUUUCUAAUGAAAACAAAGAAGGAGUGAUGGAAUGCAGAAACCAAGCCUGCGAGCAUCUCAAAUCAUUCAGAGAAAACGUGAAAACCAAAAAAGUUACCACCUAUGGCCGCAGCAUGCCUUAUGUCAGUGUUCCCAGAGCUUUAAAUCCAUCAAGGCCUCCUCAUAUCCCAGAUUCCGUCAUUGUUGAAGCCCAAACUGGUAUCAAAGCUAGAGAAGGCCCAACUCCUAAAGAAAUGCAAGAACUUCAAGGCGGCGCAGGAGUCUUCGCUAUUCCUCCUCAAGCUCACUUCGUAGAACUUCAAGAUGAUGACUGGAAAUGGGACGUUAUGCCAGAGGUCAUGGACGGCAAAAACAUUUUAGAUUUCGUUGAUCCUGAUAUUUUAGCUAAGCUAGAAGAGCUUGAAAAAGAAGAAGAAAUCCAAGAAGACGCCCAUGUUCCUUUAGACUAUGAUGAGUAUAGAGACAUUUAUAUCAUUUUAUAAUAAAUAAUUCUAUUUUAUAGUAAAAAUAUUUAUUUAUAAGAAAAUUGGUUACAAAGUUAAAAGAAAAAUCCAUUUGAGGAGAAAAAGAAUCCAGCAAGAAAGCAUGAUGGCUAAAGGCACAUUUAAGCCAAAAAGAAAGAAUUUAAGUGAGGUAGAAGAAGGGUUCAAGGAGCUUGGAAUUGAUCCAAGUGGAUUAAAAGAUGUAGUAGGGGUGAAAAGGAGAAGAAAGCCUUCACCAGAAAUAGCGACAAAUGUAGAAGACUUUAUGGACGUCGAAGAAGGUGACGGCGGAGAAGUGAUAAAGAAAAAGCUGAAAUUGAAAAAUAAAGCUUUGGUCAAGGCGAGAAAACCUGGUGCAAUUCAACCUAACCCAAGCAGAAAAGAGCUGAAAAUCAUUGGAGAUGAGGCUACCAAAGCGUUUUAUGACCAAAAACCUCAACAUAUCAAACAUUUGUCAGUUGGGAAGAGAGGUAUUGGAAAAACUGAUAGAAGAUAA